AUUUAAAAUUAAAAAUAUUUAAAAACUAUUUAUUUUCCUAGUGUUAUAUAAAUUUGAUCGAAAUAUUAUAUGAAGUUAAGUUUUAUAUAUUGAGAUAUUCACAAUGACUCAGGAUGACAAAAUUCAUAUAAAGACUAAAACUAUUUAUCCAGAAGACAGAUUAGCUCUUAAAUGGGAUCUAUGCUUAUCAGAUGCUUUAUUAAAAACUGCCACAGGAACUGGUAUGGGUAUAUUAUUUUCACUUGUUGCAUUUGGAAGGAGACCUUGGCCAGUAGCUCUUGGGUUUGGUUCAGGAUUGGGAAUGGCCAUAUCUAAUUGUAGGCAUGAACUAUCUAGGCAGAGAUUCAUAGCCUCAUUGGAUAAAAAUUCUCCAUAUUAUGGUACCAUGGAUGGUUAUUAUGAUGUAAAUCACAAUAGAUGGUGGGAUUUUGGAGGCUACAAAUUGAGGCAUGGUGGUGUGGAACGUAAAGACAGAAGAUAUUUAGAGGUUGUUGAGGAUGAAUAUGAUCCAAAUUACUAUAAAAAUUCAACAAAUAAGAUUAUUCAUAAGGGUGAAAAAAAAUUUGAUCAAUGGGGACAUGAAAUUAAGUCAGCUAUUGAUACAGUUGAGGACAAAUUUAUAUCUGCAGGCAAAAAAGUUGAAAGUGGCAUCAAAACUACAGGUCAUAAAAUUGAGAGUGGAAUAGAGAAGAUUGAGUAUGGAUUAAAGAAGGCUGGCCAUAAAAUAGAGGAUACUUUUCGAAGUGCUGGAGAUGCAAUAGAAGAUCAAUUUAAGGCAAAUGGAAGAAAAAUUGAUCAUGGGCUUAGUCAAACUGGAGAAAAAAUAGGGGAUGGCUUAAAAGCAACUGGUAAGAAAAUAGAUAAUAGUCUUAGAUCAGCAAAUUAUGUAGAAGGUGGGAUCAUAGAUGUUGCUCAAAAUGUUGAAUAUGCUGCACAGAAAGUUAGUGAAUCCUUAUCCAAUAAAUAAAUUUCUAUCAAAAUUGCUUGUUCAAAAAAUGUUUACAUUAAAUAAUUUGUUCAUUUUAAAAUAGUGCAAAAAAUUUGAAGAAUUUUAUCUUAUACAUAUUUCAUAUAUAUUAAUUUAUUUGGAAAUUAGUUUCACAAUUUAUUAUACUUGAUUAGAUAUGCCUUUUAAUUUAUUAGAAAAAUAGUGUUAAAUUUAAUAAUUUGUGUCCCAUACUUUAU